UCAUAUGGUUUGUAUUUAUUAUAAAUUUUAAGGUUAUAUUAUAUAUUUCAGUGGUUUUAAAAUUAAAUAAAGAAUUAAUAAAUUAAACUCAGCUUGCCUCAGAUGAAAUGACUUACACACAUCUUCAACGAGUCAGAAUUUUAUACAAAACUAUUCUUAAAUUACACAGAGGCUUACCGGGAGAAUUGCAACUGAUAGGAACCAGCUAUACUAGGGAUGAAUUCAAGAGGCAUAAAAAGUGUAACACAGCAGAAGCGCAAGUUUUUAUAAAUGAGUGGACAAAUUAUGCAAUAACUCUGGCUCACCAGCUUGGUCUAAGAGGCCCAAAAACCGGCACUGAUAAAUUAGGCGCUACCUUAUCUACAGAAGAAAUAGAUCAAUUACGAGAUGAUCAAAUAUGUCAGUUAUAUGAAUUGAUGGAAGAGUCUGCAAAACCAAAAAAGGAGGAGAAGUGAAACUAUUUGUCCUAUUAUUAUGAGAUUAAGAUUUUUAUUUGUAUAUACUUAAUAUUUAUGCCUAGUAUUUAUUUAGUUAUAUGUUUUUAAGAUUAAAAGGAUAGCUAUCA